GUCAAACAGCAUGGACGCGUGAGUUCCCUGCCGACGACGAAUAAUCAUCGCUUUGGUCCCAUUUUUCCAAUUUCAUCGUUUUUGUGUUGAUUGGCUCGUGGUGUGACGGGUGUGUUUUCGUUUCGCUUCAACAUAUUGUGGUUUGAAGCGUCGUGCGCGAUCCUUCCGGUAGAUCGAAAAGCCAAAGGUCGAUCGAUACGCUCUAUAAUCCCGGAAUCACCUUCCUGCCUUCUUCUGCUGUACCGUGCUGCUUCUACCAUCCUUCGGUGACAGUGAAAUCUGUGACCGGGUCGGAAGACGGAGACAGAGUAAACCAACCACUUACCAACCUUUUUACCGAUUCGCUCCAUUUCCCGGGGGGUCAUUUUCCACACCCGGUACCCUUUACCAGGACAAAACCCCGUGUAUCCGUCGUACGAAAAGUGUACAUCACAUAGCGGACCGCGUGUAUCUUUCGUGCUGUGCUGUUUUUCCCGUCUGUAUGUUCCGCGUGUGCGCGCCUUACCGCUUGUAAGGGUGAACGAGACAUCCGACAGAACUGGUUGCAAGUGGUGCAAAAAUCGGUUCCCGGCACAAUCCCGUGUUUCCCUGGUGCCCGAAUCCGAACCUUGACGGGUAGGAACGGAGAUGUGCAACCAAGUGACCACACGUAUUCAGAAAUGAUUAUACACAUCCGGAACCAAGUGGCUGUUUAAAUCCAGUAAAAAUAUCGCCUUCCAUUUUGACCGUCGACGCAAUUGGAUCUCGGGAAAAUUGAGCUCAACGUUUGACGACACUUUACGAGAUACCUGGCGGAGAUUUCCUACAGGAGAAAAAAACAAACAAUCAAGUUUUUGUAAAUCGGUUUAACAUUCUUUUAAAAAAAGCGGUUUGAUCCACCGCAGUCAGGAGUGUCUGCGUAGGGUGUAGAACGCGAAAUAGUCUUAAUCCGUUCAGGACGGAGCAAAGUCUUCUAAAGUAGUGGCUUUCCGUUACCGGAAGGUUCCGUAACAUCGUACGAGCGAUACGUUUGUCUCUGGCGCGCAAGCACCACCGACAACAACCCGCCUCCAAAACCCGCUUCUUAAAACGAUGGCUGUUUUUACAAAACUCUGCCUACCAGAUAUUGUCAAAUUAAAACGCUAGUUAGUAACCGCUGUUGUGUCCAUCUUCGUGUUUGUCGGUGGUCAUUACAAGAAUUUACUAACUUAACGUUUUUAAGGUACAAUAUCUGCAUUCUUGGUUUUUUUUCCAUUCUUUUUUCCGUUCACUCACCAACAUUACUUGGUACUUCGAUUAUUAGUUUUCACUUCCUUUUCCCGGAUAGUUUUUGCCAUUUCAGAGUUACUUCACGCAGGCACCCCCCUGCAUAUUUGCAUCCAUUUUUUGUGAUACUGUUUCUCUUGUUCUUUCUCAUUUUGUUCCCAUCAUCAUCCACUGGUUGGAAGAUAAAGUGCAGCAAUUUCGAUUUGAUUGCUUCCAUUCUACGAUUGUUGUUAGUUUCUGUUCAUUGAAAGUCAAUUUCAUUCGGAUUCCGUUACUUACCUAACCAUUUUUUUAAGUGUAGCUCAUACUUUAAAGUACACAAUCGUAUUAGGCAUUACUAUAAAUACUUAAUAGUUUUAAUACUAACGCUUAGAACAGAAGCACACUGUUUGUAGCGCGGUGUGUAGUGAUCAUUACUGGAGAAAGAAGAAAGUAAAAUCAUCUUCAUUGUUAGCACCAACAUUUGAACGGAUCGUGAGGCAGCAUUUUGUUUAAUUUUCGCACCCGCUAAUCGUUAAGCACAUAGCGUUUUCCGGUGUAUGAACCACAAGAAGAAGGCAAUUCUUAAACUUUUUAUUGCUUCUGUAAAGCAGCACAGGUUAAAAGGAGCUCAGUUUUGGGGUGAAGAGAAGAAACCGCAAGCUACAAACAAACUCGUGUUAGAGUUUAGUAUUUAGCGUAAAAAAGCGACAGCAUCCUAAAGAAGACAUCUUCCUUUUGAACGUGAUUGAACAAGACUUGAUACACCACAACCGCGCAUCCCCUCUCGAUCGAUUUUAAUUAAGUAAAAAAAAGCAAAGCUUUUCCUUGUUUUUUUUUUUGUUAAAACCAUAUUAUCUCAGAUUGUAAUAUUAUAUUGCUUGUCUCAUUGUCUUUCCGGGCAGGAGGAAGUAUUUUUUUAGUACGACAAUUUCUGUCUGUCUCGUAAAGUUUAGUUUAUCUCAAAAAACACACACACUCCACUUUUGGCUGAUCGGAGCAUUUCUAUUCAAACGCUGGUCGGUUAAUAAAAGCUUGAUCCUUAAUUCUUCCAUCCUGUUUGGGAACGCCCUCUCAAAGGCAAUCGUUUAAGUUUGUCACUGGAAAUUAAAGUUUAAAUCCACCCCACCCAAUUGCUUGAAACCGAGCAGAAUGGAACCGUUUUCAUCGGAUAUACUGUGGCUGGUGAUCUUGGGCUUCGUGAUAGCGUUCAUUCUGGCAUUUGGCAUCGGUGCCAAUGAUGUGGCAAACUCGUUCGGUACUAGCGUCGGCUCUGGUGUGCUGACAAUACGUCAAGCCUGUUGGUUAGCUACCGUAUGCGAGGUGUCUGGUGCUGUUUUGAUAGGCUACAAAGUGUCCGAUACGAUGCGUAAAGGUAUCCUGGAAGUAGUGAUGUACAAGGGCAGCGAAAUCGAACUAAUGCUCGGCUGCCUGUCGGCUUUGGCAAGUUCCGCGUUGUGGCUGCUGGUAGCAACGUUCCUAAAAAUGCCCAUCUCCGGCACGCACAGCAUCGUUGGUUCGACGAUCGGGUUCAGCCUGGUCGCCCGCGGUACCCAAGGGCUGAAGUGGAACACACUGCUUACGAUUAUCGGUUCCUGGUUCAUCUCGCCCGUACUCAGCGGUUUAGUGAGCGUGGUACUGUUCUGGAUGAUCCGCAAGUUUAUCCUGCACGCGAAGAACCCCCUGGAAGCUGGACUGUUCUCAUUGCCGCUUUUCUAUGGUGCGACAUUGGCUGUGAAUGUUUUUAGUAUCGUGCACGAUGGACCAAAAUUGCUGUAUAUGGAUAACAUCCCGCUGUGGGUGGCGCUCGUGGUCAGCGUGUUGCUUGGUGUCACCGUGGCAAUAUUGGUACGGUUGAUAAUUGUGCCAUGGCAAAGACGCAAGAUUAUCAACGGUUCGGAUGGAGCAAACAAGACGGAGUUCAUGCUCGGUGACUCGGACGGAGACUCGUCGUCGAACGGUAGUCCGCGUCGGGCGAAGCGGCCCCUUUCCUUGGUGGCGAGUGACGGUAAACCUCUGCCGGCCAUUACCGAGACGACCGAGCUAGUGUCGCUGUCCUCGCAUCAACAGCAGGGCCCACAAAAUGGUUUGGUCAAGAAACUGUCCAACGAUCUUACAUCCGGCGGUGGUAUUGGUGGGCCGUACAGCUUCAAUCCGGAAAUUGUGAAGAAGGCUAGUAGCUUGCUUGCUGCUCAGGACAAGACCAGCCUUGACAACACAGACCUUACGGUGACGAGCUUGAACUACAUCGAUGAACUUCAAUCGUACAACGGCAAUGGACGUUUCCAUCUCGGCACAUAUUUUGACCGUCGUAACAGUUCGAAUGUUUCGCCGAAAUCCCCCGACUCAGGACAUCUCAUCAAUGGAGGAUUGAAAGAACAACCAACCGUGAUCGCGCUACAGAAUGGAAAAUCGCCCACCAGUCCGAAGAGUGAUAGUACCCUGCCGAUAACUGACUACACUCUAAUGCCACAGAAUGUGCUGCUGAGCGGUACUGACCAGGAGAUCAAAAAGACAGAUAUGUGCAAGAUUGAGGCAGCCGCAGGUUUGGAACAUCCGCUCAUCAGCGCAACGCUUUCGCCAAACUCGAGCAAAGUACCAUUGAUUGGUGCAAAGGAAGGCUCAGAGGAAGACAACCGACGGCAAAAAACAGUUGAAGAGAGCGAAGACGUAUCGAAACUAUUUUCCUUCCUGCAAGUACUUACUGCUACGUUUGGAAGCUUUGCGCACGGUGGUAAUGAUGUGAGCAAUGCUAUUGGGCCACUGAUCGCUUUGUUUAUGAUUUAUCGCGAAGGUUCGGUACUGCAACAGUCGGAAACUCCUUUAUUGAUACUGUUAUACGGCGGAUUGGGCAUUUCUGUUGGUCUAUGGCUGUGGGGUCGACGUGUGAUCGAAACGAUCGGUAAUGAUCUCACAAAAAUUACUCCAUCUACUGGUUUUACCAUCGAAAUCGGUGCCGCCCUAACCGUGUUAAUCGCGUCCAAGAUCGGUUUACCCAUUUCCACGACCCAUUGCAAGGUGGGUUCGGUCGUAUUUGUUGGCCAAGCGAACUCACGGCCAAUGUCGGGCGGAAGCAGUAAACAUUCGCAUCAUGCCGUCACAGCGCAACAGAAAGCCGUUGAUUGGGGAUUGUUCCGUAACAUCGUGUACGCUUGGGUAGUUACUGUUCCGGUAGCGGCCCUAUUAAGUGCUGGUUUCAUGAUGGCCCUACGCGCUAUAGUGUUACCCUAAGCAAGAGCGGACAGCAUAAAUUCCAACCGUUAGUAGAAGAACAGCAAUAAUAAAGUGACAGAAAAGCAAAAUGCACCAGCGGUACGUUAGGAAAUUGCAAAACGGACAGCGUCAGUAUUGCGUCAUAUGCCCGGCGCAAAUGAAUUCAAACAAACAUGCACUGUCAUACUCAGCGAAUGCAACAGACGCGGACGAAAUGGAAUGCUGUUUAGAGAACAUCGAAGGUCACUUAAUCUUAUCUCCAGAACUUUAGUUACUUAAGCAACAUCUUUAAGAUAGAAAUAAUUUUUGUACUGCAAUAGUGUUAGUUCAUUCUCAUCUCAGAACAUGAUUUUCGUACACCACUAGUCUCCAAGAGGAAGGUUACAGGGUUUUUUUUAACUGGAUUAUACACGAGGAGAAAGCUUUAGUCGUUUUUGAUAGGAUGCAGAGAGUAGCGUUCUUUCUAUCCUUCCUUUUUCAAGUUCGAAGCAUGGUUUUAUCUUUGCGGAGCACUAGCAGUAUCGCCAUCAUUCGUCAGGCUAGUUCCAAUUUUCCUGAAGUAAGUUGUAAUUUUAUCAUUUCUCUCACUAGGUAUAGCAAAACAAAAAAACAGUUCAAUGCUACGGUAUUUGCACUAUGCAGACAGUACAAGAGCUGUUACGGGCCCUUUGCUUAGCAAAGUAAAACUUUAAGUGCGUGGAUAAGGCAGACGGGCAUCUGUUGCGGGACGAACAGAUAACACAGUGUUCGGAUUGUGCAAUGCGGCAGUUACGGUCAACUAAAGCACAUUCGCAUUGAGUGAUGUUGAUCAGACUCUACAUAGCACGGUAAACAUGAAACGUACAUGAAUAGUUACAUCGAUAAGCAGCAGUAAGGAAAAAAAUAUCAGAAAAUCGUGGUAUUGAUGAGUGUAGCAUACAUCGAUAACAAUUAGCGAAAAACACAACAAACCCAUUAACACAGAUCGUAGAGAUAUUCUAAUUUACUGAUCGUUAGCAGAUAGUGAACCAGCAGUAAAAGCUAGUGUAGAGUGAGAUUCUAUGUAGCGUUAUGAGUCGUGCAGAUAAAAAUAUCAGCAUAAACAUUAAAACAAAAAAAACACACACACAAAAUCUGCCAGCUCAAGCAACCUAAAUGCCGUACAAAUAUGGCGGGAAACCAUUAAAAACACAAGAAAAAAAUAUGAAGCCUUUUAUUUUCUCUUCCGCGCGUGUGUGUGUGUGCGUACGAGCAAAACAACUUGUAGGUGUGAUGUUUUCUCAAUUUUUCCGGUUUUUUUUUACUGCAAAGAAAAUGUACGUGCACCGUAGAUUUUGUUCCCCCGUUUUACAUUCAUUCGGUAUCCCGAACACAAGGUCGCACAUAACAUAUUGAUGAAAAUGUGUCAAUUGCUAACACUGUUCAUUGUUCCACGGUCGGUCAGUUAGUAUGGAAAACAAUUAAAUGUGGCAAACAGUGUCUGUUGGAAUUAUCAAAUUACGGUGAAUGCCACCCUGUGCUCUCAUCAUCAACCAUUGACAAUGCUAAUGCUGCCAAAUUGUUGCUUUUCAUUUUCCUGAUGCAAUACACAACUUACGCUCAACUUUACUCGAACGCCAAAUUAUAUCUGUAAUCGAAUAUUUCUGCAAAUGUCCAUUUGUCACACGGUGCAAAAAGCGAUCGAAUGCUUCGAGUUUAGCUACAGAGCUCCUAAUGCUGUGUGCCGUAACGAAAUAGAAAAUCCCGAUUUGUUGUAAACAAACACAGCUACCAAUAUGAAGAUCUCCAUAGGGAAGUAGUUUUGUGUACUAUCUAGGUUGUAAAAUCCGAUCGCUUCCGCAGCCAAUCCAUCCUAGGCAAUACAUGUUCCGUAGAUUCCGUCCUUGUGGAAUCCGUGUGUAAACAGGCGCGUAGUCAUAGCUGCAUAGUUGGCGCGACAAGUUCUGUUUACAAACCGUCAGCCUACUGAUAAUACCGAUAGCAUUGUAGUACUGGUCCAAGUAAGAAGAAAAUGAAAAUAACAACACAAACUAGCGAAGGAUAAAGCAAAGCUCAGCGAAGAACAACUCGGUAUCAUCUGCAGAUGUACUUAUCGAGCAGCAUAUAACUUGUGUGAAGCGAUGAAGCGAGGCAAAAAACAAUGUCAAAAAAACAAAAAAAACCAGCAAACAGAAAAGGAAAGACAGUUUAAAAUGAAAAUUAGCCAAUGUGAUUAUACAAAAAAAAACUCACCGUAAUAGUUAACGCGGGGAUCUCUUUAGGGUAAGAGUCUCUUUCCUACUCUGCAACCCCCCGUGUGUAUCGAUGUGUAUUGUUACUAUGUAAAGUGAAGAGUGCCGAGUGAUGGUGCUAAAACAAAAUGUUCCCUAUCGUCACCUCGUCAUUUGACCGUUGUUAAGCAUAUUACAUGUUGAAUUGAGAAUGCAAUUUCCCGGAUAGCUGCUAUGCAGAUUCCAUCCAAAUGCAGUGUUAGUUGAAGAUAUGAAUGAAAGAGAAAGCAAGGAAAACCAAACACCCGUCAUUAAGAAGAGAAGAAAAAAAACUAAACAAAGGAAAAAACUCAAGCAAAUGAAAAUAGAAGACAAAACACAUAAACAUUACAGUAAAGUUCUGGAUGUUGUAGAAAAGGUGAAACCUAGCGAUGAACUCGAUUAAAGGUUAAGAAGUUAAAAAGGUGUUGCUAACUAACGUUUUCGAUGUGACAAUUUGAUCGUGUAGUAUUUUGUUUUUCCCUUACUUUACCAUUGACUAUGGUAGGAAUUGAAUCUUCUAUAGUUUUUUCUUCUUCAGCUUACCUGACAGCAAAGCUUUGGUUUAACAGAAGAAAUAUUCUUUUUUAUGUAAUAUUUUACAUUAAUUUUUAUACAUUUUUUUUGUACACUAACGUUCACUAUUGCUUGGGGUGCGUUUAUGUGUUUUCGAUUAUAUUUUAAUAAGAGAAAAAUUGUAGGGAAACCUUCACCAUGAGACUGUACCGUAAAUUUGUCGAGAACUCAAACAAUUAACUGAACAAUGAAUCGGAAAAGUAAAAGAUUUUUUUUAGAUACUAGUACAUUUACUUCUCGUAUCGAAUUUUAGUGCUUGCCACGAAUUGUGUGGGCUACAAAUGUCGAUCAUGUACACAAAAUAUUCAUUCUGCGCUAGAGAAACUCUUUUUUGGGACAAUUAUUAUUAUUUUAAAUUAGUGAAAAUUUAUCACAAGAAGUACAUUUGUUUAACUUCUUCGAUUUUCCGAAGUCAGCCGUAUCAAUUUUUCGAUAAUGUUGCAUAAGCAUGAAGUCUAGCGAAAGGCACUCCUAAUUGCGCAAUUUACACUGUAGAUGUGCAGCUCCUUCACAGCCACUCAUAAAAUCCUAUCACAUCAACAACCUUAAUGCUAGAAUGUGUUUAGUAUACGGUGUUAUGUGUAGCAAACCGUUAAAACAUACGCUGUCCGCUUUUAACCAUCGUCACCACUUGAUGGCGACUCGCCACCACAUGGCGAUGGUUUACGUUUGAUUGUACGUAGUUUGGUUUUCCGUGCAGGAUUUGAUCACAUGCUGUGUUGUCUAAAAUGAAUUAUUUAACGCUUAUAACAGUUCUUGUGUGUCCAAUACUUUGAUACAUCUUUCAUCGUGCAAAUAUGUUUUUUUUCUUCUUUCAUUCAGUUUUGGAUUGUUAAGUUCCAAAUAUUCAAACAUCCUUCGGGAGUGCGAUAACAAAGCUUCAUUAAAACGAAGACUCCCAAAAGGCUCACUAGGAGUAACCAGAAAUGUAAAUGUGCUAAACAACAAAUACGAUAAGAGCGUUAUUUUCGACGUGCAAAAAAAAAAUACACAAACCAGAAAACCCAACAACAAUACAGUAGAAAGAAAAACAGGGGUCAUGACUAUUUGAAGCAUAAUACAUAACAAAACCCGCUGCGUAAAGGAGAAAUUGAACCCAAAACAUCUUUCAAAAUAGGAAAAGUGAUACAUCAAAGUGAAAGUGAAACUAAAAAGAAA